UUCAAGAUGGCGGAACUGAGUGCAUAUCGUGAUCAACACUUCAAGGGAAGUAGACAAGACCUCGAGAGACUUUUAGAAACCAGCAGUACAUUAUACGUGGGGAAUUUAUCGUUUUACACAUCCGAGGAACAGAUUUAUGAGCUUUUUUCACGAGUAGGGGAGAUUAAGAGAGUAGUUAUGGGGCUGGACAAGAUAAAGAAAACGCCAUGUGGGUUUUGUUUUAUAGAAUAUUACACAAGAGAGGAUGCAUUCAAUGCUAAUAGAUAUAUAAAUGGCACUCGCCUUGAUAACCGUAUAAUUCGUACUGAUUUUGACCAAGGUUUUGCUGAAGGGCGUCAGUAUGGCAGAGGAAAGAGUGGAGGACAAGUACGUGAUGAAUACAGAGAAGAUUAUGACCCAGGACGAGGAGGAUUUGGAAAAAAGCAAGCUGGUUCGUUUUCAAGUCCUCCAGUUGCCUACACCAAGAGAUAACACAAGACUUAGUGUAAAAUAGUUGUGAGAUAUGAGAGAAGGCAAGAGAUGUAUUUUGGUUUCAUUAGUUUUGCAAGAAAAGACAAGCAAGACAUAAACUUUUAUAGAUUAACAAACCUAGAUGAUCUCAGUGCUUCCAUGAAGAAAUUGAGAAAGCCAUUUUAAGAACCAAGUUACUGCCAAGUUAGAUGUCAGCCAUUAUGAGAACGGUGUACGGAGAAUUUAAAAACCCACUAAUGCUCAUUUUUCUGAUUUUGAAAAAAACUUGAAACUAAGAAGCAUGUGAUAAUGAAUCGCUUUUUGGUGCAAUAGGCCAUUUCACGGAUCCCGUUACUCAACCUCAGCCUCGUCAGCGUGUAAUUAUUCUUUAGAAUUUGACUACAGUCCGCAGUAAUGAAAGGAAUUUACACAUCAACGAACAAUUGAAAAACAAAAAUUUCACAGGUUGUGGGCAAUUUCUAAAGAAUAUAUUACACGCUGACGAGGCUGAGGUUGAGUAAUGGGAUCCAUGAAAUGGUCUAUUUGCAGCAAGAACAGUUUCUAAAAGCAGUGCACAAGAUAUGAAAUUAGAAAUUUGGGUCUUUUUUUGCUAAUCACCUAAAGCACAAAUUCAAAACAGAAUAAAUAAUUAUUCUUGAACUAAAUUGCAAAUGCAACAGGAUUUUUCAUAAAAGUCUUACUAGAGGAAGCGUACAUAAGUUUUGUUAUGUCAUGUCAAGAUAUGACAAAAAAAUCUUCAUUAUAUGUAAAUUCGUAUCAACCUGUCCCUGUUUUGCAGUUGAUCAUUAUUUGAUAUUAAAUAUUUUGCUUUAUCAUUAUUUUAUCAUAA